GGAGCCAUGUUACCAAUCUGUGUUCUCUAGGUUUUACAAGGAGCAGAAACAAGGACUAAAUGAUGAGCAAUCUGUCUAGUGCCACUGAGUUCUACCUUCUAGGAUUCCCUGGGUCCCAAGAACUACACCACUUUCUUUUUGCUGUAUUCUUUUUGUUCUACUUAGUGACACUAAUGGGAAACACAGUCAUCAUUGUGAUUGUGUGUGUUGAUAAACGUCUGCAGUCUCCCAUGUAUUUCUUCCUUGGUCAUCUCUCUGCCAUGGAGAUCCUGAUCACAUCGAUCAUCGUGCCCAUGAUGCUUUGGGGGUUGCUGCUCCCUGGGAUGCAGACAAUAUCUCUGGCUACAUGUGUCACCCAGCUCUUCCUGUACCUUGCUGUGGGAACCACAGAGUUUGCAUUACUGGGAGUAAUGGCUGUGGACCGUUAUGUGGCUGUCUGUAACCCUCUGAGGUACAACAUCAUUAUGAACAGCCGCACCUGCAUCUGGGUGGUCAUUAUGUCAUGGAUGUUUGGGUUCCUUUCUGAAAUAUGGCCUGUCUAUGCCACAUUUCAGUUAACCUUCUGCAAGUCGAAUCUGUUAGACCAUUUUUUCUGUGAGCGAGGGCAGCUGCUCAAAUUGUCCUGCAAUGACACACUUUUCACAGAGUUUGUUCUUUUCUUAAUGGCUAUUGUCAUUAUCAUUGGCUCUCUGGCCCCAACAAUUGUCUCCUACACCUACAUCAUCUCUACCAUCCUCAAGAUCCCCACAGCCUCCGGCCGGAGGAAAGCCUUCUCUACUUGUGCCUCUCAUUUCACCUUUGUUGUGAUAGGCUAUGGCAGCUGCUUGUUUCUCUAUGUGAAGCCCAAGCAAACACAGGCAGCAGAAUACAAUAAGAUAGUGUCCCUGUUGAUUUCUGUGUUAACUCCUUUCCUGAACCCUUUCAUCUUCACCCUCAGGAAUGACAAAGUCAAAGAGGCCCUUCAGGAUGGUAUGAAACGCUGCAGUCAACUCCUCAAAGACUAGACCUCUCUGCCUACAUUUUGGGUAGUAAUAUCCUCUAUAGAGUAUUCAGCAACCUAGAAAACCCUAGCUGUUCUCUUACCAUCAUCACCUUUCCAAGGAUCAGUAGUGUACAAUUCCCAAUCAGGCCAUCGAAGGAGACAAGGCAGAGAAAACUGAAACCCAUUCUCUGCCCACUAGAAUCCCAUUCCUGUGUCUGAUGAUUCCACUAUUGAACUGUGGAAGCAUA